AUGAUCAGGGCCCUACUGUUGUCUACAUUGGUGGCUGGAGCUCUCAACUGUGGGCACCCCACUUACCUGCCCAACCUGCACAGGGUGGUUGGAGGUGAAGAUGUGAGGGCCAACAGCAGUCCCUGGCAGGUCUCCCUGCAGUACAGCUCCAAUGGCCAGUGGCACCACAUCUGCGGAGGGUCUCUGAUAGACCAAAACUGGGUCCUGACAGCUGCCCACUACAUCACGACCUACAGCGUGGUGCUGGGCCAGCACUACCUCGCCACCUAUGAGCCCAGCUCGCUGGCCAUCAAGGUCUCCGAGCUUGUGGUGCAAGAGGACUGGAACUCCAACCAGCUCUCCAAAGGGAACGACAUUGCCCUGCUCAGACUGGCCAACUCCAUCGCCCUGACUGACAAGAUCCAGCUAUGCUGCCUACCGCCCGCUGGCACCAUUCUACCCAACAACUACAUCUGCUAUGUCACAGGCUGGGGAAGGCUGCAGAGUAACGGAGCUCUUCCUGACAUCCUGCAGCAGGGCGAGCUGCUGGCUGUGGACUCUGCCACAUGCUCCCAACCUGGUUGGUGGGGCAGCACUGUGAAGACCAAUAUGAUCUGUGCGGGGGGUGAUGGUGUGACCUCCAGCUGCAGUGGGGACUCCGGCGGACCACUGAACUGCCAGGCGGCUAAUGGCCAGUGGCAAGUGCACGGCGUGGUCAGCUUCAGGUCCUCCCUUGGUUGCAACUAAUACCACAAGCCCUCCGUCUUCACGUGGGUCUCCAACUACAUGGACUGGAUCAAUUCGGUAAGAACCGGACCAGCCCAGUGCCCCCCAGGCCCUGCCCUGGCCCUGGCCCCAUGA